UCCCUUUUCUUUCAGCUCUCUCUCUUUGUUUCUUUAAACUCAAACCUAGAUACCAAAACGAGCCUUCCGUAUUAGUAUGAUCUUUUAUUGAUUCAAAGAAAGGAUAUAUAGUCUGUUGAGAAGUUGAGAAGAUAGUUUCUUGAUUAUAUAUAAUUCUUGUUAGCCAUGGCAUCACCAUCGGAACUAACCCUAGAUAUCAAGCCAUGCAACUAUUCCAUGCUGUUAAAAUCGUUUGGAGAUCAUCAGCAAACAGAUCAAUCUCAGAAGCUUGAAGAAUUCCUGGCUUGUCUGGAAGACGAACGCCUCAAGAUCGAUGCUUUCAAGCGCGAACUCCCUCUUUGCAUGCAACUUCUCACUAAUGCCGUUGAGGUUUCAAGACAGCAAUUACAGGUUCAUAGAACCAGGCCAGUUCUUGAAGAAUUCAUACCUCUUAAGAAUUUUAGCUCGGAAAUUGCAGAAAAAUCAUCACAGCCAACUUCUGAUAAGGCAAAUUGGAUGACAAGUGCACAGCUAUGGACUCAAGCAGGCAAUGAAACCAAAUAUCCGCAACCGACCAUAACACCAUCUAAAGACAUUGAAAUUGGAUUAAAUGUCAGCCCCAAGCUUUCCUUGGAUACCAAGCAGAGAAAUGGAGGAGCUUUCCUUCCGUUCUGCAAAGAACGAAACCAGUGUCCUAAACCGUCUCUACAGGCUCUUCCCGAGCUUGCGCUGGCCUCAACUCCUAAACAAAUGGAAGAUAAGAAGUGCUCAGAGAUCAAACAAGAUGGCCAGAGAUCAGAGAACUCCAGCAAGGUUGGCACUGGCCAGGGUGUGGUGGAAGCAAAACCAACUGGUAAUAUUAACCAAACAGAUGGGCAAGCAACGAACACAAACACUACUACUACUACUACAACCCAACUACAUAGGAAGGCCAGGCGGUGCUGGUCGCCAGACUUGCACCGGCGAUUUGUAAGCGCUCUCCAGAUGCUAGGUGGUUCUCAAGUGGCGACCCCAAAGCAGAUCAGGGAGUUGAUGAAGGUUGAUGGUUUGACUAAUGAUGAAGUUAAGAGCCAUUUGCAGAAAUACAGGCUUCACACAAGGCGGCCCAGCCCGAGCCCACAAGUAACCGGAGCCCCAGCGCCUCAGCUUGUUGUUCUAGGUGUAGGUGGUAUCUGGGUCCCGCCCGAGUAUGCCACGGCAGCGACGGCUGCCCACACCGGGGUACCUGCAGCUCUUUAUGGUACACACCACCCCGCUGCCACACAUGCAGCCACCCAUUUCUGUGCAUCACCCAUGCCCCAAGACUUUUACACUGCGGCAGCGGCCGCAGCAGCAACGACGCCUUCACUGGCGCCGUCACCUCACCUGCAGCACCAUACGUUUCACCACCAGCUCAAUUUGUACAAGGCCGCGGCGCAGGCUCACAGCUCUCCGGAAUCUGAUGUCGGGGGGACUGGGGACCGGUCUGAGAGCAUUGAAGAUGGAAAGUCGGAUCAGAGCAGCAGCUGGAAAGGUGAAAGUUGGGAGAACGGUGGGUGUGGAGAGGGAAAAGGGUUGGCGGCGUUCCGGGAAGACGGAGAGGAUAGCAACGGAAGCGAAAUCACGCUAAAGUUCUAGACGGUGUUAGUGUUAGGUUAGAAAUAUUUAUUUCUAGAUUAUUCUAGAUGUGUUCAAAUUUCUAAAAGAAAAAAAAUAAUGUCAAAUAUCUGUAGAGACCAAAAAAAAAAAAAAAAGCGAGUGUUUGUUUUGUUUACUUUUCUUUUCUUGUUAGUAUUGUCUUAUUCGAAAAAACCGAUAAUUGGAUUAUUUGGUUUUGGCGUUGCUUGGUUUUUUUUGCCGUUUUGUGCAUAAAGACAGAUUUGCCCU